GUUACCACGUGGAGAUUGCUUAUGAAUGCCACCAUUGAAGACACGUUGUUGUUUGUUCAACUCAAUCCCUACUCCCUUGCAUUCUCUCCUCUCUUGUCUUGACCACUUCACUUCUCACUAUCACUUCUCUCUCUUUUCAUUCUUCAUAAUCAACAAAUUAAUCAGGUUCAACAAUUAAGGGAUUCAAUUUCAGGCCUAAUAUAUUUGUAUGAGUGAAAAGAGUUGAUCCGGUGGUUUUGGUUUCGAUCUAGAUUUCGAGAAUGAUUCUCUCAGCUCUUUUAACUUCGGUUGGAAUUAAUCUUGGUCUAUGUUUUCUGUUUUUCACUUUAUAUUCUAUAUUGAGAAGACAGCCGGGUAAUAUCACUGUAUACGCACCACGCCUAGUUGCUGAAGGAAAAGUUAAAGAGGGCGGUCAAUUUAACUUGGAACGCCUCUUACCUACUGCUGGUUGGGUGAGAAAGGCAUGGGAGCUUAGCGACGAAGAGUUUUUAUCGAAUGCAGGCUUAGAUGCCUUUGUCUUCAUGCGCAUGUUUGUCUUUAGCUUAAAGAUAUUUACUUUUGGUGGAAUUAUCGGGAUGUGCGUUCUUCUUCCGAUAAAUUAUUUGGGGAGUCAGCUAAGUGAUGAUUCUUCAGAUUUUCAACACAAGUCUUUGGAUUCGUUCAGUAUUUCUAAUGUUAAUAACGGUUCAAACAGGUUAUGGAUACAUUUUUCUGCUGCAUAUGUUUUCACCGGAGUUGUUUGCUAUCUUCUUUAUUAUGAAUAUCUGUACAUUUCCUCAAAACGAAUUGCUUGCUUUUAUUCAUCCGAGCCACAGCCUCAUCACUUUACAUUGUUAGUCCGUGGUAUUCCUAUUCCACCGGGAAGCACAUGUACCGAUGCUGUUGAGCGUUUUUUCUCGGAGUAUCACCCUUCUACGUAUCUGUCACAUUCAGUCGUUCGUCGAAGCAACAGACUUCAAAAUCUUAUUACUGAUGCAGAUAAAUUGUACAAAAAGCUUACUAAUCUUAAACAAAAAAACGAUGCUCCUAAACGGAAGACGCGUGAAGGGUGUUUGGGACUUUUUGGACCUAAAGUUGAUAUUUUAGAUCACUAUGAAAGGAGACUAGGAAAUGUAGAAGAUAAUGUGAGAAUGGAACAGUCCUCAUUGGCAUCAAUGGAAGUUCCUGCGGCGUUCGUCUCAUUUAAAACACGAUUUGGUGCGGCAAUAGCAUUACAUAUUCAAGAAGGUGUCAAUCCAACAGAGUGGAUUACCGAGGAAGCUCCCGAACCACAUGAUGUUCAUUGGCCUUUCUUCACCGUUUCUUUCCUUAAAAGAUGGAUCAGCAAGCUCGUGGUUUUUGUUGCAUAUUCUACUCUUACGAUUUUGUUUUUUAUCCCGGUUGCAAUAGUACAAGGUCUUACUCAUCUUGAUCAGCUGGAAACACUGUUCCCAUUUCUGAAAGGCGUACUAAGACUAUCGGUUGUAAGCCAAGUUAUAACAGGAUACCUUCCAAGUUUGAUUCUUCAGCAGUUUCUAUCCUUUGUUCCACCGACCAUGAUUAUGCUUUCAUCUUGGCAAGGAUAUAUUUCAUGGAGUCAGAUACAAAAAAGUGCAUGUACUAAAGUAUUGUUGUUCACCAUAUGGAACAUUUUCUUUGCGAAUGUACUAUCAGGGACGGCUCUCUAUCGAGUCAACAUCUUUCUUGAGCCGAAGAACAUCCCCCGAGUAUUAGCAGAAGCUGUACCAUCACAGGCAUCAUUCUUCAUAGCAUAUGUUGUGACAUCUGGAUGGACCGGCAUAGCAUCGGAACUCUUUCAAUUAACUACACUCAUUUACAAUUUUUUAAGUCGAACUUUUUGUAGAAACAGUGAUGACGAUUUCGAGCCCCCAUCAAUUCCUUAUCAUAGCGAAAUUCCUAGGAUUCGUCUCUUCGGUCUUCUUGGUGUGACAUACUUCCUUCUGGCUCCACUCAUACUUCCAUUUGUCUUGAUAUACCUUUGUUUGGGAUACAUCAUUUUCCGCAACCAGUUUUUGAAAGUUUAUGUGCCGAAAUUUGAGACUGGAGGAGAGUUUUGGCCUACGGUGCAUAACUCGACAAUAUUUUCAUUGGUGCUAAUGCAUGUAAUAGGCAUUGGAAUUUUUGGUUUGAAGAAACUUCCUCUAGCAUCAGGAUUGAUUCUUCCUCUUCCGAUUCUCACACUUCUAUUCAACGAGUAUUGCCGGAAACGGUUCCUCCCUAUAUUCAAGCAAUUUCCAGCUGAGUGUUUGAUUAAGAAGGACAGAGCGGACGAAAACGAGCGUAAUAUGUCUGAAUUUUACGAGAAGAUGGCAAAUGCAUAUAAUGAUCCAGCUCUAAUGCCAAUCAAAUACUCAGAAAGAUAUGAUAGUCAGAGAUCUCCAUUGCUUAGUUCUCAAGUUUAGUUCCUAGUUUAUGAGUUUGGUUGUAACUAAGCAAGAAAAUGUGCCUUCAGUUUGAUUUUGUGUUUGAUUUAUUUGAUUGUUCUUUGCAAUGUGUUGUUGUAAAUAGUUUGGUCAAGAGUGUUUGCUAUGCUAUUACUAGUGUGAAGCGAAAGAUAAUAACUCGAUUAAGUCUCAAGUAGGUAGUUCAGUUGGCGAGACGAGAGACACCGAAAGAAGUUUAAGCAGAAUGCCUAAGGUUUGAAAUGUGCAAGAUAUAACUGCCUAUUUACUUGACAUUUAUCAAUGGAAAAAACAAUGCAAACUUUUGUAA